AUGUCCUCCACUCCAACGACCGCAAAUUCCGAACACCUCCAAAUCGAUGAAGCAUGCAGUUGCGACCAUCCUUCUUGCAAGAAAGUAGUGUCAUCAUGGUCACAUUCAAAAUUGAAACAAAAUGUGAAUCUCAAUGGUAGUAAUAGUAGUAGCCUAAACACAACUCCUACGACACCACUCGAUAGGAACAACAUUCAUACAACAUUGUGUAUAAAUUCGGAACCAUCUUUAGAGGCAUCAAAUACCACACAUUCUCCAUUCCGAGUGUUAACAUUACAAGAGACAAGUCAAAUGUCAAAAGAAGAAAAGAAAAUAAUUUUUGAAAAUUGUGUGAGGAAUAUGUUAACAUUACUUGGUGAGGAUAUUGAAAGAGAAGGUUUACAAAAAACACCAUCUAGAGUUUUUCACAGUUUUGAGAGUCUGUGUAGUGGUUAUCAAAUUGAGGAUGUUAAAAAAGUGAUUGGACAUGCCAUGUUUAGUUCACAAAAUUCACAAAUGGUUCUCAUUAAGGAUAUUGAAAUUUAUAGUCUAUGUGAACAUCAUUUACUUCCCUUUUUUGGAAAAUGUCAUGUUGCUUACAUUCCAAAUGGCAAGGUUGUUGGUCUUUCUAAAAUCUAUCAACUUGUUGAUGUUUUUGCAAAGAGAUUACAAAUUCAAGAAGAACUGACAGAUCAAAUUGCAAAAGCUUUAGAAAGUGCUGUUGGUGCUUUGGGGGUUGCUGUCAUGAUUGAUGCACGUCACAUGUGUGUUGAAAUGAGAGGUGUGAAUAAGUAUAAUAGUAGUACAGUGACAACGAGUUUUCGAGGAAUAUUCCAACAAAAUAUUGAAACGAGAAAUGAUUUCUUUAAAAUGCUUGGAAAAUAA